CAGUUUCUACUUGCCAUUGAGACACAUUGACUGAUAAAAUGGUCAGUGAUUGCUCGAGGGAUGUAUCUAUUUUUACUGUUGAGGAGAAAUCGAAAUCGCGAGACCAGAAAACCGACUACGAGACGGCGAUAAAACUUUGUGGAUAUGGAAGAUUUCAUUAUGGUUUCGUUCUCGUUUGUGGAAUGAUGUUCCUGAGUGUUGCAUUUCAGAAUGGAGUCAAUGCUUAUAUUCUACCUUCAGCCGAAUGCGAUCUCAAACUAUCGUCAGAGCAGAAAGGUUUUCUCAACGUCGCCUUCCUCAUUGGUGGAGUUCUGAGUUCAGUCUUCUGGGGAGUCUCCGCCGAUGCUUAUGGCCGAAAAAAAAUUCUCGUAUGGACUCUGAUAAUUGACAGCAUCGUAACAUUAAUAUCAAGUUUUUCCCAAACGUUUCACGUUCUCGUUGCCUUCAGGGCAAUCAACGGUUUCACGAUCGGCGCACCAGGCUCACUAAUUUACACUUAUCUCGGAGAAUUUCACUCCUCGAAACACCGGGUCAAGAGUAUUUGCUACGUGGGAUUUUUCUGGACCCUCGCCUGGCUAUUACUACCAGGUCUAGCCUGGCUGAUAAUUCCCUUGAAGCUAAACCUCCACAUCCUAGGAUUUGCCUACAAUUCCUGGCAGCUAUUUCUCGCCCUCAUGGGUCUCCCAACUCUGCUGAUGGGUUUGAUCCUCAUAAACUACCCGGAAAGCCCAAAAUUUCUCCUAGCGAGAGGAAUAAAUCGAGAAGCCCUAGAGAUCAUGAGACAAAUGUUCUCCAUCAACACAGGAAAGGACAAGUCAGAUUACCCCGUGACAGAGCUCUGGGCAUCAUCGGAGGAGAUCCAAACCAAAAAUGUACGUUUCGAUGACGAAUUGAGUGCAGAUUCAUCCUCAACACUUCUAGUCAUCAUGAGGCUUUUGAAAAAUGCCUGGAUGCAGAUCCAGGCACUAUCAACACCUCCGCUAUCUACCUACGCCAUUCUCUGCUGGACUAUUUACUUCACAAACAUGUGUGGGUAUUACGGACUGGGCCUGUGGCUCCCAGAAUUGUUCAAUCGAUUUGAGAAUUUCUAUCGAUCCCAUCCAGACACACCAUCAGUCAGUGUCUGCCAAUUGGUUGCAAGAAACGAUACGAUAAAACCAGAAUUGCAGAAUUGUGAGGAAAUUGUUAUCGAUGAAAAUGUUUUUAUCAACACUCUAAUAGUCAAUGCUGUCUGCCUCCUGGGGAAUAUUAUCUCGGGAUUUUUUGCGGAUCGCGUGGGGCGACGUACACUCCCAGUUACCCUGACUAUAAUCGCCGGAGUGUCCGGUUUGACAAUAUACUUCACGAAGACAUCAACACAGAUUCUCAUAGUGGCCUGCAUCUACUCCCUGACGGUAUCAGCAGCUAAUAUAGUUAUCGGAAGUGUAACAGUUGACAUUUUUCCAACGUACGUUGGGGCACUUGCCAUUUGCAUGAUGACUUGCUUCGGCAGAGUCGGUGCCAUUGCCAGUAAUUUGGCAUUUGGAAUGUUAUUAGAUAUCAGCUGUGAAGUACCAAUUAUUCUGGUCGCAGGAAUCGUCUUGUCCGGAGCUGCCCUAACACUCAUGUUACCCCCUGCCACGAAAACCUGAUUACGAAGAAAAAAAAACAGCUCCUCUAGAAACCGAGGACAGCAAUCGAAAAUCGUCGCAAAUAAGUUCAACUGCUGAUUCUUCAUUGCAAUCAUCAAAGUACUUAGGGAUCAAUUAGUAGAUGGACGAAGCGAAUGCUUCAGACAUUUUUCAAAAGAUUCACAGCUCAGGAAUAGAUAAAGUCCAGUCUGGACUUGUCAAAAAAUAAAUUAACUCUCUUGUCUCUUCAAAAAAAUGAUUAUUCCAUUUGAAAAGAGUCUGAAGUGCCUCUUUUGUCCACUCAUCGUCUAUUUUCGAUACAAUGUUUUGGUGCCUCUAAAGACCCAAACAUUGACUCAUACCAAAUUCUUGUAAAGCCGUGACGCAUGAUAUUAUCGAAAUAUUCGGUUUCUAAUAAAAUUCGUAAUAAUAAAACCCUAAUCACUAGAAUAAAAUUGUCGAUUUCCUGAUAAA